AUGCGAAGUGCUACUCUCGGGAUGUCGCUCUCAUCCAUCACCCUCUACCUCUUCGCUCUUCUCACCCUCCUCCCCACACCUCUCCGAGUCAACGCAUCUCCAGUCCAACCAGAGUACUCCCAUGCAGACCAUAUCCAGCCACCUCACUCCCAUACAGACCACAUCCUAGCAGGAGCCAUAGGACCAGACUGCGUCGACGGGGCAAAAUACACCGGGGAAGCAGCGGGGAGGAAUAUCACCAUCGCCGACGUCCCAACAUACUACUCGCCUGCUGCGGACGAGGAUUCGAAGAAGGUCGUCCUGUACUAUUCGGAUAUUUAUGGACCUUUCUAUGAGAAUAAUUUUUUGCUGCAGGAUUGGUUUGCAGAGAAUGGGUACCAUGUCCUAGGCCUCGACUACUUCUUUGGAGACCCCAUCCAGAAUCAUCCUGAACCGGAUUUUGAUAUGGCGGCGUGGGUCGCAAAGUCGCGUGCUCAGGCUGCUGAGGCGCUCCCCAAGUGGAACAAGGCGGUUAGAGAGAAGUUUGGACCCGACGCGAAAUUCGUGGCUGUGGGAUACUGCUUCGGUGCGCCGUACGCGUUGGAGAUUGGGGCUACGGAUGAAGUCGUCGCUACUGCCUUCGCCCAUCCAUCUCAAGUGACUGAAUCUCACUUUGAGAACGUGACUAAACCCGUGCUACUCUCGUUGGCCGAAACGGACGGAGCCUUCCCCACCGCCGCCUCCCGCCGCGCACUCGAUAUCCUGAUGAGGAGAAAAGCGACUUAUCAUGCCCAGGUGUUCUCGGGUGUUUCGCAUGGGUUUGCGACGAGGGCUGAUCCGAAUGAUGCUAAUGCUGUGUGGGCCAAGGAGCAAUCGGCGAAGAGUAUCCUUGGGUGGUUUGAUAGGUUUUCAAGCUGA